AUGCCCAAUGACUCCCCGGCCUUCGGCAAGCCCCCGGAGGCCCCCGGCCCCGCGGACAAGGCGGGCGGCUUCGCCAAGGCGGCGGCCCAAAUGGCGGCCGCCCCGGCACCGGGGGUCGCGGCCGCCUCCGCCGCCUCCUCCGCGGCCGGGAAGAAGCUGCCGCGGCUGCCCAAGUGCGCCCGCUGCCGCAACCACGGCUACUCGUCGCCGCUGAAGGGGCACAAGCGGUUCUGCAUGUGGCGGGACUGCCAGUGCAAGAAGUGCAGCCUGAUCGCCGAGCGGCAGCGGGUCAUGGCAGCGCAGGUUGCACUGAGAAGGCAGCAAGCUCAGGAAGAGGAACUGGGAAUCAGCCACCCAGUACCCCUGCCCAGUGUCCCAGAGCAGUUCAUUAAGAAGAAUGGUGGUGGGAGCUCUUGUCUCUUGUUGGAAAGCAGCAACCCUACACACUCCAUGAGUACAGCAACAACAGCAACUAGCACGCCAUCAGAGGGACGGAUGCUCAUUCAGGACAUCCCUUCCAUCUCCAGCAGAGGGCACUUGGAGAGCACGUCUGAUUUGGUUGUGGACUCCACCUACUACACCAGUUUUUACCAGCCAUCCCUGUAUCCUUACUAUAACAACCUGUACAACUACUCCCAGUACCAAAUGGCAGUGGCUGGUGAGCCUUCCUCAAGUGAGACAGGGGGUGCAAUUGUAGGGCCGGCCAUGAAAAACAGCCUUCGAAGCCUCCCAGCAACAUACAUGCCAAGCCAGUCAGGAAAACAAUGGCAGACGAAGGGGAUGGAGAACCGCCAUGCCAUGAGCUCCCAGUACAGGAUGUGCUCCUACCACCCACCCGCUUCUUACCUGGGCCAGGGGGUCGGCACUCCGGUGUGCGUCCCGCAGAUCUUGACCUCGGAGGACAUCCCCUCGUACUCAGAGUCAAAAGUGAGAGUGUUUUCACCGCCCAGCAGCCAGGACUCCGGCCUGGGGUGCCUGUCCAGCAGCGAGAGCACCAAGGGGGACCUGGAGUGCGAGCCCCGCCAGGAGCCCGGCGCCUUCGCGGUGAGCCCGGUGCUGGAGGGCGGCGAGUAG